AUGUUGAGCUCUUGGACCUUACCACUCUUCCUCUUUCCAGCUUCUCCACUAGCCCGGGAUAUUGUUUUCCCACCGGUGUCACCGCUACAAGCAAAUCUUGGAGGCCAUGCAGGCCAAUAUCGAUCGUCAGUCGCUUCGGACAAGGAUCUUUUAGCAGGGUUCGAGAAAUACGCUGGACUAACCACCUUUGCAAAUAUUCCUUGGGUACAUUGCUUAUCACCAGACAACAAUGUAGACCAGUAUGAUAUUGCCUUUUUGGGGGCACCUUUUGACACAGGCACUACCGCCCGACCAGGUGCGCGGUUUGGUCCCACUGGAAUCAGAUGGGGCUCUCGACGAAUUCAAGCUGCGGCAGCAUGGGAUCCGUAUACCCAUGAAAACACAUUCCUGGGUUGGGCACGCAUAGUAGAUUGCGGCGACGCGCCUCUCACUUUCCUGGACAAUACCAUAGCCUUGCAGCAACUCGAAAAGGCGCACAAAGUGGUUUCCGGGCGAACAGCCAAUACCACAGAAGUGGCCGAUGUCCCUCGGAUCAUAACGUUGGGAGGUGACCACACAACCACCCUAGCGGCGUUGCGCUCGACCAUUGACCACUGGGGUCCUGUCAGUGUCAUACAUUUUGACAGCCACAUAGAUACGUGGGAUCCAAAAGUCCUUGGAGGAGGAAUAUCCCACUAUGCCGGGCUCAAUCAUGGCACUUUUCUCCAUAUUGCCCAUGAGGAGGGCCUCAUUCUCAACUCUUCUGCACACGCGGGAAUCCGAGCCCCGGUCAUGAACAAAAGCCACGACUGGAAGAACGACAAACGGUGUGGUUUCGAGAUUAUCACUGCCAGGGACAUUGACAAAAUCGGCGUUUCGGGCAUUAUCGAAAAGCUCAAGGCUCGAGUGGGCGACACGAAUGUCUACGUCUCCGUCGACAUUGAUGUGUUGGAUCCAGCGUAUGCUCCAGCCACAGGCACGGCCGAAGUGGGUGGAUGGACGACCAGAGAGCUCCUGAGCAUCCUAGAUGGUCUUGAGGGUCUGAAAAUUGUCGGUGCUGAUGUGGUGGAAGUGGCUCCCAUAUAUGAUAAUCCUGGAGAAACCACUGUCCUUGCAGCUGGAGAGGUUGCCCAUCGACUCAUGAGCCUGAUGGUCGAGACGCCGGUGAAGCCACUCAAGAGGGAAGGGUUCAGCGCCUAG